AUGACCCUUCUUCAAAAGAAUUUGGUGUCUGAGAGCCAGCACACCGGAGACACUGUGGCCGUGAGGGUGGCAAGGGGUGCUGUAUUUCGCCUACCUGUUGCCCGGGUGCAUUUGGAUUGGGAAGUGGGUGCUGGACAUGUGAAUGUGGGGGUUAUGAAGGAUUUGCCAGCCGACGUCCUUCUUGGAAAUGAUUUGGCCCCCCUUGUUUCUGCAUAUGCCCCGAUGGGUCCCGCUGAAGUGAACCCAGUGACGACCCGUGCCCAGACCCGUGCCGCCAAGACCGGCCAACCUGCUGCUGAGACCCAGGAGUUUGGCAGUCGGCUGUGCAAAGCCUGCAUUUCUACAAAAGGGGAUUAUCGGCUAAACUGCGGUUUCGUCUGUUUAAGCGAAAUGCAUCAUCUCAAGGCCAGCCUGUUUAGUGUACGUGUUUCUUGGCAGUUCUUUAAAGUGUUGGCUACAAUACUCUUUUUAUUCAUGGUAUUUAGUUUCUUCAUGAUAGAGAGCACAUUUUUGAACAAAUGGUUUAGGACACAUGUCCACCAGAAAUACAUCACCCCCAAAAUCAAACACGGCAUCCAAAAGGCCCUCUCUUUAACCACCAGAUAUCCUCUAAAACCUCCAUACCCAUACCCCUACAAGUUCCUCAUCAACCCACAAGACAAAUGCACAAAAAUAAACCCUUUUCUUGUUCUCUUAGUACCUGUUCGUUGCCAUGAUAUAGUCACCAGGAAUGCCAUUAGGGAAACGUGGGGAAAUGAAAAUAACUACAAUGGUGUUCCAGUGGUAAGAGUUUUUCUCGUUGCAACAUCCCCUCGUAGACCAGAAGCUGUCCAACGAAUGCUUGAAGAAGAGAGUGACUACUUUGGUGAUAUUAUACAGCAGGAUUUUCUAGAUACCUAUUACAAUUUGACUCUAAAAACGCUAAUGGGCAUGGAAUGGGUUGCAAAAUUCUGUUCCAGUGCCAGUUACAUGAUAAAAAUUGAUAGUGACGUGUUUCUUAAUGUGGAAUAUCUCAUCCAUCAAGUCCUACGUCCAGAGUUGCCAGUUCGAACCAACUACUUUACUGGGCAAAUAUACUCCAAUAAAAGACCUAUAAGGAGUAAAGCUAACAAGUGGUACAUGCCACCAGAAAUCUACCCCAAUAAAACUUACCCUCCAUUCUGCGUUGGUAGUGGAUAUGUUUUCUCAGCAGAUUUAGCAAAGAAGAUCUAUGAAAUAGCUCAAGUUGUACCUGCAAUACCCUUGGAAGAUGUUUUUAUAGGGAUCUGUUUGUAUGUGCUAAACAUCCCACCCACUUACACUCCAGGGAAUAUUUUUAACAGGUACUACAAGUACGAUCGUUGUACAUUCCAUAAGCUAGUUGCAAGUAAUCUAGAUAACACCAAUCAACUUCCAAAGAUAUGGCAAGAUUUUUGGACUAAUAAGACAUUGGGAUGUUAA